UUUUAAUCAAAACCCUCAGUUCUGAAGAAACCUAGUUUAGUUUGGGUGAAGGGAAGCUGGGGAGUUGAGUACUGGACAGUGCAGAGGACAAGCAUGGCUUCUUCAGCAUCGCCGGCGGCAACGGCAUCAUCGUCUCUGUCUGAGGAGGAAGUGACGCUGACAGUGAAGUGGAGCGGCAAGGAGUACACAGUCCGGGUUUGCGGUGACGACACCGUUGGGGAGCUGAAGCGGCGCAUCUGCCAGCUCACCAACGUCCUCCCUAUCCGGCAGAAGCUUCUUUACCCGAAGGUUGGUUCGAAGCUCAACGACGACAACCUCCUUCUCUCCACCCUCCCCCUUAAGUCCUCCUUCAAGAUGACCAUGAUCGGGACCACCGAAGAGGACAUUCUUGUUGAUCCCGUGGAGGCUCCGGAGAUUGUUGACGAUUUCGAGCUUGGUCAGGAAGACGUUGUGGACAUCAAGGACAUGGAAGUCAACAAGCAGAAGCUCAGAAGACGCAUCUCUAGCUUCAAGAUUGAGCUUCAGAAUCCGUGUCGGAAAGGAAAGAAGCUCCUGGUUCUUGACAUUGAUUACACCCUCUUCGAUCAUCGUUCCCCUGCUGAGAACCCUCGUCAACUCAUGAGACCAUACCUUCAUGAGUUCCUUACAUCUGUUUAUGCUGAAUAUGACAUAAUGAUAUGGUCUGCCACCAGCAUGAAGUGGAUUAACCUCAAGAUGGGACAACUUGGGGUGCUGGACAAUCCCAACUACAAGAUCACGGCUCUUCUUGAUCACUUGGCAAUGAUCACUGUUCAGUCCUCAUCUCGGGGGGUCUUCGAUUGCAAGCCACUAGGUUUGAUCUGGGCUCAAUUUCCUGAGUUCUACAAUGCUUCAAAUACUAUCAUGUUUGACGAUCUCAGAAGAAAUUUUGUGAUGAACCCACAGAAUGGUUUGAUAAUUAAACCAUUCAGGAAGGCUCAUGCUAAUCGGGACAGUGAUCAGGAGCUUGUGAAACUGACUCAAUACUUGUUGGCCAUUGCGGAGCUUGAUGACUUGAGCCACCUUAAUCAUAAUAAUUGGGAGUUAUUUGCAGAAGAUAAUACAAAAAGGCGCAGGCAAACAUAAGUGACGACGGAAUGCACUUAAAGGAAUGUGGUAAGCAAGAUGCAGCUUCUAAACUAUUCAAACUGCCAUUUAUAGACUGUUAAGCUAGAUUAUUUCAAUUUUUCGUUCAAGUGGUUAGUUUAGGAAACGGUGAAUGAAAGAAGAUUCCUCGUAGCAGCCGUGUGGGGUUAUCUAGGAUGACUGAUACUGCUUGAGCAAUCUCUAUGCACCAAUUCCAGAACAGAUUUUGAAUUGAUGCAAGAGAAAAUGAUGUUUCCAUAUUGGAUAUUGUGGCUAUUUCUUAAUAUAUAUUGCUUCUUUUAUAUUGGAUUAUGGUUGCCAUGGUCUGGCCAUAAUGCAUGUUAUGAAAAACUUGCAAAAUCAGAAUGA